ACCACAUCCCGGAGCCCGCUGUGCUGCACGGUGGUCAGCGGGGACGGUGCACCCGGCGUCCGGGCCUGAGAGUCGCCCGGUGCGGCUCUUUUCUCCCCCAGCCCGGGUCCACUCCGGGGCUCCGCGCUGGUUGGGCGGGCAGGGUCUCUGCCCAGCGGAAAGUUUUCGGUGCCGGGAGGAAGUUGAACCCUUGAAGACUCCGAAAAAGCAGCUCCGGGGGCUGCGGGGGUCUGGGCGGCCAUGGAGGAGCCCCCUUUGCGAGAGGAGGAAGAGGAGGAGGAAGAAGAGGACGGAGAGGAGGAGGAGGAAGGGCCCGAGGGGGUUCUGGGCAAGAGCCCCUUCCAGCUAACCACCGAGGACGUGUAUGACAUCUCCUACGUGAUGGGCCGCGAGCUGAUGGCCCUGGGCAGCGACCCCCGGGUGACACAGCUGCAGUUCAAAAUCGUCCGCGUCCUGGAGAUGCUGGAGGCGCUGGUGAACGAGGGUAGCCUGACGGCGGAGGCGCUGCGGAUGGAGAGGGACAACCUCCGGCAGGAGGUGGAGGGGCUGCGGAGACAGGCACCGCCGGCUGGCGGGGAGGUGAACCUGGGACCUGACAAAAUUGUGGUUGAUCUGACCGAUCCCAACCGACCCCGCUUCACUCUGCAGGAGCUGAGGGACGUGCUGCAGGAACGCAACAAACUCAAGUCGCAGUUAUUGCUGGUGCAGGAAGAGCUACAGUGCUAUAAGAGUGGCCUAAUUCCACCAAGAGAAGGCCCAGGAAGGAGAAGAGAAAAAAAUCCUCUGGUUACCAGGACCAGCCCUGCCAGCAGUAACAAAGAAGAGAAGACAAUCAUAAGGAAGCUAUUUUCGUUCCGAUCAGGGAAGCAGACCUAGAUCGAAGGCCACAAUGGAGGGAACGGCUGUGACUCAUGAAGACAACACGCCAAGAUGCCUUCCAAAACCAUCUCUGUGCCAUACCUACACACUGUGCUUGCUCAUUUGUUUUAUUCUCAAAGCAGCCCAAGGAGGAAGAUAAGGUUCUCUAAGGAUCACUUUCUCCCUGGCGGCAGAACUGGACAUGCUGGAAGGUUUGGCCAGGGCAGGUGACUCAGCACAAAGAAAUCAAGAAAGCAGAAGGAAUGUGUGGCAGGGAGCACCUCCUGCUCCCAGGGGUCUCCAGCCUGCAGACCUGUGUUCUACUGAUCUGGUCCCACAGAUGACACUGGUCUUUGACAUGCAGGAGAAGAGAGAAAAGAAAGUGGGAAAAUACAGUGUAAUAGAUUGAAUUAUGUCCCCCCAAAACUCACUGAAGCUUGAAUUCUGUCCCCCAAGUUUAAUGUAUUAGAAACUUGGUCCCUGCUGUGACUGUUAAGAGGGUGGGAAAUCUUAUUAUGGUAAUUGAAAAGUGAAGCUUUGAAGAGGUGAUUGGAUUGUAGGACCGUGCCAUAGUGAAUGGCUUAAAAAUGGUGGUCAGGGUGUGAUUCUGAGGGCAUUAAAAAAGAGAGAGAGAAGAGUCUGUCUCUGCUCUCUGCUCUCUCUGCUUCCACUGUCUUGCAAUGUGAGACCCCUGGGUCACUGUUGCCACCAUCAGAUGGACUUUGGACUUCAGACUUCCUAGCCUCAGAAACUGUAAGCAAUAAAUUUUGUUUUCUUUCUAAAUUACCCAGUUCCAGGUAUUUUGUAAUAAGCAACAGAAACAGACUAGUACAUAUGGUAUUGACAUUCCAGUGGUGAUUUCACUGUUAUUUAGUGAAUAUAUGAGUUA